CGCAUCACACAGCUGAUAUGUCUGGACCGCAUAACGCACGUGCUUGUCGCCAGCAAAGUGGAUAUUAUUCACUUUGCAGCUGUUUACGAUUCAAAUGUUUGCAGUGGCUGUCAACCUGUCACAACAAUCGUUUCUGAUCUAGAAGUAUUUUUCGGUUUUGCUAAUUGCUGUCUACUUGCUUUUCCUUCUAAAUCGCUUAUUAGCUAACUCUUUACAUUUCUGCUGCUUUUCUGUGACACAAAAUGGUGAACGAAGGAGGAUCCGACUCAAACAUUGUAGUCACCAUCAACGGCAAAAAAUAUGCAGUGCCGCCGGAAUUCUCCGCAACAUCUCUGAAUGAUUUUCUGCGUGUCCAUCUCCAACUUACUGGGACGAAAGUGAUGUGCCGAGAGGGCGGAUGUGGUGUAUGUAUUGUACACGCUGCAGUACCUACCGGAAACGGAAAAUUCCAAGAACGCUCCAUCAAUUCUUGCCUGUGUCCGAUUCUUUCCUGUGAUGGGUGGGAAAUAACAACGGUGGAAGGCUUGGGUGACCAGAAGAAUCCCCAUCCCAUCCAAAAGCAGCUAACCGAACAUUCGGGAUCACAAUGCGGAUACUGUACUCCCGGAAUGGUUAUGACUAUGUACAGUACUAUCCGAAAGGAAGGCAAAUCGUUAACCGCUAUUCAAGCGGAAAGCGCACUUGAUGGGAACAUUUGUCGUUGUACGGGAUAUCGACCGAUUUUGGAUGCUUUCAAAGAGUUCACGAAUGAAUCGGCGUCGCCGGUGUGCGAUAUCGAGGACGUCUCUAAGCGGAUAUGUUCGAAAACGGGAAAACAGUGUAAUGGAGUGUGCGAUGAUAACGGAUCCAAUUAUUUUCGUCCUCUGGUCGAAGUUGCACGUGCUGCCGCUCCGCCAUGGUACAGACCUACGUCGCUGGCGGACCUGUACAAACUGCUGGAAAAUUCUACGCUGAAGAAUCCAUAUUAUGUUUGCGGCCAUACCGGCAUCGGAGUGUAUGAUGAUGGUCCGUACGAUGGUUUUAUCAGUCUGCGUGGAAUUCGCGAAAUGUUUGUGACUGAUAAGAAAGACGGUGUCAUUACCAUUGGUAGCGGUGUCUCCUUAACGGAUAUGAUUGACUUUUUCAAGUCAGAAGCCGAAACAGAUCCCGGUUUUGCACAUCUGGAACAUUUUGCUCGUUUGAUUAGCAAAACUGCCCAUCCUGCGGUCCGAAAUGCUGGUUCUUGGGGUGGAAACUUGGCCAUGCGAAAUCGGCACAAGGAAUUUCCGUCGGAUACUUUCAUCGCGCUGGUCAUGUGUGGCGCGUCCGUGUUUGUCGGCCCGGAUGAAAAAUCUUAUACCCCCGAAGAAUUUGUGAAUUUGGAUUUGAAAAAUAAAAUUGUGACAAAGCUGACUUUGAAGCCGUUCGAUAAAUCCCACGUUUUUCGCACUUUCAAGAUUAUGCCGCGAUCCGCUAAUUCUCAUGCCUACGUUAACGCCGGAUUUCGCGCAAAAAUUUUGAAAGAAGGAAAUCAGCUUGUGAUUGUCGAUAGGCCGGUUUUGGCUUAUGGAAAUAUAGCAGAAGAAUUCAUCCGUGCCAGUAACACGGAAGAGUUUCUUAUUGGGAAGAAUCUGGCUGACAACGACACAUUUCAAAGGGCACUGACAACCUUGGCGCAGGAAAUUCAACCUGCGGAAGAUAAAUCGGAAGCGAGUCCUGCUUACAAGCGUGCUUUGGCCGUUAAUUUGUUCUAUAAGGUACGAGUUUGUAUUAUAUAUGCUUGUUCCUGUACUGGAUUUCGUACGUAUUACGGAGAACGUAGUUAUCUGGAAUAAUUGUGACUUUUAAUUUUUAUAUCAUUUGUUUCGUACGAUAACAUAUCAUUGUAAGUUAUUCGGUCGAUGUGGCACGACAGUAAUAUUCACGUUUAUUAUUGCAAUUACCACAAGUAUUUUAGCUUGUUUAAAAUAUCUGACAGAAGAUAAACACUGCCGAUAACAAAGGUGGCAAUCGUUGAAACUAAAAACAUGCCGUGGUUUUUGUGACUCCAUUAAAUU